AGAUUUCUUCCACCAUAUAAAUACUCGAAAAGCGACCGUAACAAUCGCCAUGGCGAUAAAUUCGGUGACAAUGGCUUCCUCCCACAGCCUCUUCCGCGCAAGCUCCCUCGUCCCUCCCGGUGCCACACGGAGCCGCCGCUCCGAUUCCUGCGCCCCUCGCCUCCAAUUCACCAAGCACCCCAGAUGCAGCGUGCUGAGGCUGUGCAGCGCACGCCCUAGCGCUCCGGCCCUCAACCAGUGGUGGGCGUCCGAGCUCACCCCGGAGGAUCUACCCACGGAGGAGACCGACGGGCCGACGACUGGGCACGGCUGGGAGGAGCUGGUGGCCAUAUGGAACGCGCUCAUCGCCGAGCCCCUCCGGCCCGUCCUGCUCGCCUUGCGCGAGAUCAGGGACCGCGGCCACUUCUUCCGCUGCCGCAGCUACCACGCCGGGAUCGUCGCUGGCCUAUUCUUGAUGAUUGCUGGCUUCUGCCAACUCCGUAAAUUAGUACCAACCCUGUUCGUGGAUAUAGUUCUUGGAUAUAUAUUCUACAAGUUAAGUGUCCUAGCAGCAGAACUGAGAAGAAAUGGGAAGGCGAACCAUUUGUGUGCUCGGAUACAGCUCCUUCUCUUACUUAUUUUGUCAUUCAAGGAUAACAAUGCUUUCUGGGAUGCUUACCGCCUCGUCACCGAGUUGAUCUGGUUCAUUGCUCUGGACGUGUACUUAGUAGCUGUCACCUUUGAAAUUAUCGACGAGGAGGAUCCCAGACCCGAAAUGCUAGGAAUUUACAAGAUACUAAAAACCAAAGGGGGCCUGACGAGGGUGAUAAAGAAUUGGAAUUCGAAAGAUUGGUAGACCGCGCGAGCACACCGUUCAAUGCUCAUGUUGGUUGGGUGUAGUUUCUCGCCGACUGCUUUCAAAUAAUUAAAGAAAACCACACGCCACCUUGACUUGCCAGGAUCAAGAAAGGCACAGGGUUUACGCCACUGACAACCGAGCGAUGGCAGUAGCUUUCAUCAGAUCAGAGUUAGUUGACGACACGUUUUCAUGGGCGUCCGUACCUUCGUGUUGUUGUUAGUGGCAACCACCAAUAUUUUCCUUCCAUGUUUCUUCAAAAAAUUGCUCGUACCACAUGCUACGCUGUCUCUCA